AUGGCCCAGACCCUCCAGAUGGCGAUCCCAAACUUCGGCAACAACGUCCUGGAGUGUCUGAACGAGCAGCGGCUGCAGGGGCUCUACUGCGACGUGUCUGUGGUGGUGAAAGGACACACCUUCAAGGCCCAUCGUGCGGUUCUAGCCGCCAGUAGUGCUUACUUCCGGGACCUGUUCAGCAGCAGCGGUGGUGGAGGGUGCUCUGCAGACGUGGUGGAGCUCCCCCCGGCCGUGCAGCCCCAAAGCUUCCAGCAGAUCCUGUCCUUCUGCUACACCGGCCGCCUCAGCAUGACCGUGGGAGACCAGUUCCUCCUCAUGUACACGGCCGGCUUCCUCCAGAUACAGCAGAUCAUGGAGAAGGGGACGGAGUUCUUCCUCAAGGUGUCCUCCCCCAGCUGCGACUCCCAGGGCCUCCAUGCAGAAGACACCCCCACCUCAGAGCCCCAGAGCCCCGUCACGCAGACCGGGAAUGGGGUGUCCCGGCCCGCCACCAGCCUCACCCCUCUACCUCUGGUGUCCCGGGUGAAGACGGAGCAGCCCGGCCAGCCUGAAGCCGCCGCGCCUUACUCCGUGGUCUGCACCCCAGUGGCCAAGCGGCUGUGGGAGGGGGGCAGCGCGCGAGACGGGGGAGGGAGCGGGUUUGGGUCAGGGGGCGGGGCCAGGAAAGCGGCUCGGUACUCCCAGGACGUGGUGAGGGGCAGUGCCAUCCAGAGUCCCGGCGCACUGGGACUGGCCAUGGGCAUGGGGGGUAUGGCGGUUGGAGGAGGGGGUCUAGGCAACGGGGGAUCCACUAAUGGCAACACGGCAGCAGGUCUGGGGAUGUCCGACGGAGCCAGCCCGGGAACCCUGAGCACCUAUGCCAGCGACUCGCCCAUCAGUUACCAUGACGACGAGGAGGAGGAGGAGGGCACGGACGAGAGCGCCGAAGAGCAGUACAGGCAGAUCUGCAACAUGUACACCAUGUACAGCAUGCUCAACAUGGGGGCCGCGGCCACCGGAGAGCGCGUGGAGGCCCUGCCAGACCACACAGAGACCCGCGGGCGCAUGAGGGGCCGGGACCUGACCUGCCUACCUGCUGAACUCAUCGCACAGAUCGGCAACCGCUGUCACCCCAAACUGUACGAGGAGGGGGACCCCGCGGAGAAGCUGGAGCUGGUCUCAGGUACGUCCGUGUACAUCACCCGCGCCCAGCUCAUGAACUGUCACGUGAGCGCGGGCACCAGACACAAGGUUCUGCUGCGGAGGCUGCUGGCUGCGUUCUUUGACAGAAAUACUUUGGCUAACAGCUGUGGAACUGGCAUCCGCUCGUCCACCAACGACCCCAGCAGGAAACCCCUGGACAACAGAGUGCUACACGCAGUCAAAUUUUAUUGCCAGAACUUCGCCACCAGCUUUAAGGAAAGCGAGAUGAACGCCAUCGCAGCCGACAUGUGCACCAACGCCAGACGGGUGGUCCGCAAGAGCUGGAUCCCCAAACUGAAGCUGCUGAUGGCCGAGAGCGACGCCUACUCCGCCUACCUCCCAGAGAGCGUCAAGACGGAGGAGGACGGGCUGGUGGGGGCGGAGCCAGGCUUCGACCCUGCCUCCCUGGAGUCCAGCGGGGGCUUGGAGGCUGGGGGCGGGCAGUCCUCAGGGGAGGCUCUGUCGGGGGUCGCCGGGGAUGCCACGCCUUUGUUUUGA